AUGCAGCAGGGGCAGUUUCUUUGUCCGGACCCCUGCCGUCGCCCGUCCCUGCUACUCGGUCUGCAUUCGCGCCCUGGCGAACAACCGUUAAGGGCGCAGCGCCGUCUGACCGCAACUCUUGCUGGACCGCACCCGGACUACUCGGAAGAGACGCCUCAGCGCAGGCGCAGCCUGCCUCUCGCCCGCACGGCGAGGUCGGCGCAGGAGCUGCUGGUUUCUACCCCGUCACUAGGGCGCAUGCGCUGGGAGCGCCCAAGUCUACCCCGCGCGCUCUGCCGGAUGGGGCGGCCCGGAUGGGGCGGAGCUGAUGGAAAGCCGCGCGAAAUCGGCGCGAAAACGGCGCGAAAGCUGCCCCGGACCCGACUUCCUGCUGGCAGAGACCAGGUUAGAAGGAGGGUAGGUGAGGGUCGGCCUGCAGAGGGCGAACAGACCCCAGCGCCGCUCCUGCCCCCGGGAGCCCGGCAAGCCUGCUUGCCUGCUGGCUGGCUGCUGCGGACCGGCUCCGCUUCGGUAGGCAGGGCACACCCUGCACUCAGGCACUCUCACCUGUGGCCUCCUUCCUACCAGGAUUCCUGUCCCAGUUCCCCAGACAUCCCCAGCUCCCCUGCCCGUCCUUCGCCCGCCAAGAAAGUGAAGAAAACCUCUGCCCCUGCACCAGCAGCGCCGAAGGACAAGGUCCCCUCCCAGGACACCCUCGCUGAGCUCCGGCUGUGCCUUCAGCGUGCCCGGGAACUGGGCACACGUGUCCAGGUACUGAAGGCCGGGGCUCAGGAGGCUGCUGAGGAACCCAGCCCACCAGAGGCUGAGGGCGCUGCGGAGCAGCCAUGUGGCCAGAAGACACCUGCCUACCAGCGCUUCCAUGCCCUGGCCCAGCCCGGCCCACCAGGCCUCGUGCUGCCCUACAAGUACCAGGUGCUGGCCGAGAUGUUUCGAAGUAUGGACACCAUUGUGGGCAUGCUCCACAACCGCUCCGAGACUGUGACCUUUGCCAAAGUCAAGCGGGGGGUCCAGGAUAUGAUGCGCAGGCGCUUUGAGGAGCACAACAUGGGCCAGAUCAAAACUGUGUAUCCUGCAUCCUACUGCUUCCGCCAGGAACGCAACAUCCCCACCUUCAAGGACAACAUGAAGAAGUCUGAUUACCAGCUCACCAUAGAGCCGCUGCUGGACCGGGAGCCUGGUGGUGCUGUCCCCCAGCUCACAGCCUCGCGUCUGCUACAGCGGCGUCAGGUUUUCAGCCAAAACCUGGUGGACCGGGUCAAGGAGCACCACAAGGCCUUCCUGGCCUCCCUGAGCCCCCCCAUGGCCGUGCCCGAGGACCAGCUGACACGCUGGCACCCACGCUUCGAUGUGGAUGAUGUGCCAGACAUUGCACCGGCCGAGCUGCCCCAGCCUCCCGCCACGGAGAAACUUACCAGUGCCCAGGAAGUGCUCGCCUGUGCCCGCAGCCUGAUGUCGCCCAGGAUGGAGAAGGCCUUGAGUCGCGCAGCCCUGUGUGCAGCAGAGCCUAGCAGCCCGGGGUCCCCUGGCCCAGCACUGCCAGCCACCCCUGCCAGCCCACCCACCGCCCCUGCUGGCACGCUGAAGGGUGUGCCCCAGGCUCUGCUAGAGCGGAUCCGUGCCAAGGAGGCCCAGAAACAGCUGGCACAGAUGACACGGCGCCCAGAGCACGAGCUGAGGUUGCAGCGGCUGGAGCGGCUGCCCGAGCUGGCCCGCGUGCUGCGCAGUGUGUUUGUGUCUGAGCGAAAGCCUGCACUCACCAUGGAAGUGGCCUGCGCCAGGAUGGUGGGCAGCUGCCGUGCCACCCUGAGCCUGGGGGAGAUGGAGAAGCACCUGCUGCUCCUCAGUGAGCUGCUGCCUGACUGGCUCAGCCUGCACCGCAUCCGUGCCAACACUUACAUCAAGCUGGACAAGGCCGCCGACCUGGCCUGUAUCACUGCACGGCUGGCCUGCCAGGCCUGCGCUGAGGAGGGGCAGUGAGCUGGCCACCGAGGAUGGACGCGGAGCCCAAGGCGCCUCUGCUCCCAUCAGCAGUGUGCUGCACUGUCCCCAUUCUUGACUCCUAGGGUCUUGUGCAGUAUUGGUGGUGUUUGUCCCGUGAGACUUGACCUCUGCUGCCUGACUGCAGUCCUUGGGACACUGCCAUAGGCCGGGAAGGGGGCCCAACUCCAGGAGGGUUGCACAGGAAGUGGUACUGUGCACAGCUGGCAGUAUGGUUGCCAACCCCCCAACCCACACCCUGGUCCUGGAGCCUGUGAGCUGUGACCUCGCGGUGGGGGACACUGAUGUCCACCCACAGGCUUGUUCUGGGUCCUGCCCAAGGCCAAGGCUCAGGCGCAGGCUGAGAUCAGAGGUGACCCAGAGCUGCCCACAUUGCACUGACCCUCCUGCAAGAGAUGUGACCAGCAGGGGGUGCUGGCCUCUGGGCAGCCUGGAUGAAAAGACAGGUUCUGAGUGGCAGUGUGGUCGGACUCUGUAGAAUGAAGAUAACUUGUCAUUUUCUAGGUUUUAUGCUAAAAUAACCUGUAAGAUUUAAGCUCCUUUAGACUUUCUGAAACAGCAUUUCAGUGUGAUCCACCGCAGGACUGUUUGGGUUGCUUAUUUCUAAUUUAACCUUUUCAAGCUUCAAAUACGUAAGCCAUGAAGGAAAACCUAUUUCCGAAUUGUUAGUUUCUUAUAAAGCCUGACAUGUAAGAUGUAAAUAAAACUUUGCUACCAAGAUGACUGCCUUUCAGUGCA